GUUGUUUCCCUCUUAUUGUAUUUUUUUAAAGUAUGAUUUUAGGCUUUUUCCCCUCCCACAGAGGAUAGUCCAUUCUGGUUGCCUCUGUAUGGAAACAUGUGCUGCCGCUUAGUCGCUCUGCCUUUAUGCAUGACUCAGCCAGCGAUAAGGGGCCAACUCAAGAUCAAGCUUGAGGAGGAUGCAGAUCACUGGGGAAACUACUUCUGUGUCCUCAUAGGCCAAACUCUUCUCUGCUAUGGAAGUGGAGAAGACCUGGAGCCGGAGGACGAGCCUCUGCUUGUAAUCCCCAUCACAAAGGAUACCAACGUGUGUACGUGUGAGAGCGAUCCUGUCCACGGGCUGCAGAUUAGCAUUAGCAUUAGCAUGCAGCCUCAAAGAGGGAAUGCGACCUGCGCAGCUACCACCCAGAAUGCUGACGACUUGCCAGGCUGGAUCAAGGCCCUCCAGCAACAUGUCUACAGCCUGAGUCAGUGGAAACGGUGUUGCGAUGAGGUGAUGAAGAUUGAGGCGCCGAGGUCCAGGAAACCCAAAGCGGCCAAGCAGGGAUCUCUGUUUCACGAAAUGGCUAUUAAUCAUCCUGACAGAGAUACAGCGGCGGGCAGACGAUUGCUCCCGUUCUCCUCGCCUGUGGUUUUUUUAAAACCUGGUCGAAAUGGACAAGAGCAUGAUGAAUGCUGCUCGUUCUUUAAGGACGCCAGGCGCACUGUAACGGCUCCUACUGUUGGUUUUUUUUCUACCCGUACGCAAAUCCAGGACUUCAUUGAAUGUUGGUUUGCAAAUUCAGAAAUGAAUAAAAAAACAAAAAAGAAAGUCGGUCACAAAAAAAAUACUAGCUAAGUUUCAGAAAAUGGUACAUUUGUCUACAAAUAUGUUAUCAUUUGUGUUAUGAAAAUAAAAAUGGUGAACCGGAGCAAACAAACCAAGUUGCUUCAAAAUCUA